AUGGUGGGAGUCCCUGGAAGAUCCAAGGGCUGCGUCACUUGUCGGCGGCGAAAGAAGGGUUGCGAUAAAAACGUCCCGUCGUGCCAUCAAUGUAUACGGUCCGGCUUGAGAUGUGAAGGUUAUGGGCGAGACCUCGUCUGGGUCAACACCACGCCAGAUGGAGAUGAAAGCAAGGUUAAGCCGCAGCCAUCUCUAGGAAAAGCCUCAUCUGGCCAACAGAGACCAUGGAGUGUGAUUUAUACCACCAAGUCUAACAAAGGCAACGACAACAACAACAACAAUAACAACAGCACCGCUGUUGCCCUCCACGAUUCGCUCGCUCGCUCGGCCAGAGAGGAGCUCUUUUUCGGCAUACUCAUCGCCACAUCCCUUCCUUAUGGCCACCUGCUGUCCCCCAAGGCUUCAGCCAUCUCGACCAACGGGUGGGUAGCAGCGGUUGACGAAUAUUACAACAGAGAACCGGCUAUUAGAUAUGCAGCUCUGGCAAUGAGUGCAGGGUUCAUGGGUGUUCAGGAUCGGAAUAACCAAGUCACCCAACAUAGCCAACUCACACUUCAGGGUCUCGAGGCUUACAACCGUGCUAUCCGCGAAAUGGUCCGAGGAUUGAAAGACCCGAAGCGAUCUAAAAACGAUGGCGUCCUUGUGGCUGCGAGGAUAUUACAAUCUUACGAGUUAUUUUUCGGAAGUGCACCCGACUGGCGUGCCCAUAUUGAAGGCCAACUGUCUCUCUUUUUGGCUAGAGGACCGGAAUCCUUCAUGUCUGGACAAGCGCAUCAGCUGUACGUGGAUGGACGAGUUCUCGUGGUCAUGUUAGCAAUUGGAAGGCGAGCCAAAUCACCACUUCACUCACCCGAAUGGCGCACCGUUCCAUGGCGUAUUAUACCCAAGUCGAUCAAAGACAAGUUGAUGGACAUCAUGGAAGACAUCCCUUUCAUGCUGGUCAGCUACGACAACCUUCGCGCGUGCCAGGAUCCUGAUCGUGCCGACGAGCUCCGCCAGAUUGCCAUGUUGAACUGUGAACAUAUUUCAAACAGCCUGGACAUAUGGGAGGAGGAAAUGGGGCCUAUUCUUCACCAGUUUGAUUAUACGCUUGCCGGCUCUCCUCUCCCCGAGCCCAAGGACGACACGGAGAUUUCGCUCGUCUAUCUUUCAAGCUUGUACUGGGGUGCUCGUCUGAUGCUGUAUAGCACCCUUGGGAUGAUGAACAUGGCCUAUGCAGCGGCAUCAGUGAGCCCUAGCGCUGACUCUGUCCCGUCUCUCAGCGCCUCUCCCGCUUCGACUGCUCCCGUGUCGACACCAGCCACCUCUCCAGAAGAUGCAGCUACGACACCAGGCUUUUGCGAAGAACUCCCUCGGGUAAGGAUGGUCAACCCAGGAAUCUUUGCUCGCAAAAUUGCACACGCAGUCCCUCUGUUGUAUGGGCCUACUGCCGGUGCCAUGCAGGGCGCUUCAGGUCUCCUCCCCAUGGCCCUUGCGCUGCGUUUCUUUGCAACGACCGAGCCGCCCGGACAAAGGAGCGUAGAGUCUCAAAUGAUUUACAAUCUAUAUGCUAAGCCGUUCGUGGGCAGCUUUGUUGGACGCUUCCUCCAAGAUCUCCAGGGACCGCAGCUUUCCGAGAAGGCGAAGCGUGAUAGUGAGGUCAAGGCACAGCGGAAUAUCUUCUGGUAUGCGGUAUUGGGCAGUGAGAAUAUUGUGCGUAAUGAAGCUUCAUGA